GUGUACAUGUGGAGCCAAAAUGGCGGCUCCAGAGUUUCAGUUUCCUACAUUAGUCUGUCGAUGAACUUUGAGCUUUGCUCCGCCCACUCGAUUGACACGUGUGUUGCCUGUUUGCAGCAUGGCUUCUUCUGCUAAGAGGAGAGCAGUGGGUUUGGGUGAAAAUCCUGAGGAAAGCGGCAACAGCUCCGAUGAGAAUCCAGAGGAGGAGGAUGAUUCCGGAGAGGAGGACAGCGAGGCAUCAGAUGAGGAGAUCAAUGAGGAGGUCAUUGUGGACUUUGAAGCCCACACCAUUUCAGCCAACGACUUCAAUGGCGUCAAGAAACUCUUACAACAGGUCUUCCUGAAGGCUCAUGUAAAUACAUCAGAAAUGGCGGACAUCAUCAUUCAACAGAAUCACAUUGGAAGUGUCAUCAAGCAAGCGGAGGUGCCAGAAGACAGCGAUGAUGACGACCCAGAUGAAGUGUUUGGCUUCAUCACUAUGCUCAACCUCACAGAGAGAAAGGAUUUGCAGUGUGUGGAGGAGGUGAAGGAGCUUAUUGUGAAUCAGUGUGAGAAGAACUCCACCCACAGCGUGACGGAACAGCUAGAGCAGAUCCUCAGUGACACCAGCAAGCCUGUAGGAUUACUGCUCAGUGAGCGCUUCAUCAACGUGCCUCCACAGAUCGCCCUCCCACUGCACAAACAGCUCCAGGAAGAAAUAGCUGAAGCUCAGAUGACGAAUAAGCCAAGUGGGAGGUGUCACUAUUGCCUGAUGAUCAGCAAGACCUGCAAAGAAGCAAGCAAGAGUAUUCCAGCCAGAGGAGCUCCCAAAGAGGAAUACAUGUUUGUCAAUGCAGAGGAGGAAUUCUUCUAUGAGCAAGCCAUCAUAAAGUUCCACUACUCGGUCCAGGAAGAGGCAGACUCCUGCUUGAGUGGCAGGUGGUCGUUCGACGACAUACCCAUGAAACCCUUCCGGACAGUGAUGCUGAUACCAACAGACAGAAUGUCUGCAAUUAUGGACAAACUCAAAGAAUACCUAACUGUGUGAACCUCACAAUAAACGGGCAUCUACGCACACA